AUGAGUGAACUAAAGUUUUGUACGGUGUGUGCAGUCAACAAUAAUCGUUCCAUGGCUGCUCACAAGCUUUUAAAAGAUAAUGGGUUCACCGUGUCGUCAUAUGGUACCGGUUCAGCAGUGAGGCUUCCUGGUCCAAGUAUUGAUAAACCAAAUGUUUACCCAUUCGGAACACCUUAUGAUCAAAUAUACAAAGAAUUGGAAGCGCAAGACCCAAAACUAUACCAAGCUAAUGGUAUUUUGAGGAUGUUGGAUAGAAAUAGAAAGAUUAAAAAAGCACCACAAAGAUGGCACGAGGGUAGAGAGACAUUUGACUUUGUGUUUACUUGUGAAGAAAGAUGUUUUGAUUCAGUUUGUGAAGAUUUAUUACAUAGAGGUGGUAAUCUAAAUAAAGUUGUUCAUGUUAUUAAUGUGGAUAUUAAGGAUGAUGAUGAAAACGCAAGAGCUGGUGGUAAAGGGAUUUUAGAGCUUGCUAGCAAAUUAGCAGAAGCUUCAGAAGCAUCAAAGACUCAUAAGGAUAGUGUACCUUUUGAAGAUAAGAUUCUUGAUAUUUUGACAGAAUGGCAAGAAAAGUACUCAAAUCUACCGUUACUAUAUGCCCCAGCAUUCUAUUAA